AUGUCUAAAAGCGUCGCCGUCGCAAGCCACGCCGACUUCAACCGCAACUCGCUGUUCGACCUCAAGGGCCGUGUGGCCCUUGUAACCGGCGGCGGUUCGGGAAUCGGGUUGAUGAUUACCCAAGCACUUGCAGCCAACGGCGCCAAAGUCUACAUCGUCGGGCGCACACGCGAGAAGCUCGACAAGGUAGUCGAAACCUACAACAAAGACAUCGAGGGCUCCAUCAUCGCGCUGCAAGGCGACGUGACCAAGAAAGACGAAGUGGCCCGCCUAGUCAAAGAAGUCGAGUCCCGCGAACCAUGCCUCUGCAUUCUGGUCAACAACGCCGGCAUCUCCAGCGAGACGGUGCAGCCCGAGUCCGGGUCCGCCACCGAGAUGAAACAAAACCUCUUCGACACGUCCAAGUCCACCACCCAAGACUGGCUGGCCACCUACGAAACCGACGUCGUCUCCCUCUACUUCACCACCGCCGCCUUCCUCCCGCUGCUGCAAAGGUCGUCGGAGCGGCACCCGCACUGGUCCGGCACCGUCGUCAACAUCACCAGCAUCAGCGGGCUGAUCAAGACGGCCCAGCACCACUUUGCCUACAACGCCGCCAAGGGCGCCGCCCAGCACCUCACGCGCAUGCUGGCCGCCGAGGUCGCCGCCGCCGGCCACAAGGUGCGCGUCAACGGCCUCGCCCCCGGCGUGUUUCCCAGCGAGAUGACGGCCGGGGAGAGCGACGAGUUCCAGAAGAGCCACAUCGAGAAGGAGAAGUAUGAGGAGAAGGUGCCUGCGGGCCGGCCGGGAAGGGAUAUCGACAUGGCACAGGGGGUGCUGGGUCUGGUGUGUAACCAGUAUAUUGACGGGCACACGCUGGUCGUGGAUGGGGGCUAUGUACUGGCAGCGGGGCAGUAA